CUUAAAGGAAAAGUAAUGGAACACGAACACGUGAACUCAUUUAGUGUAAAAGGGAUUUUUGAUUAGUUGAGCAUUCGACACUCCACUGCAUUAAGCUGACAACAUUCACUGUUUGGAAUGGCGAGCCUGCAAUGCAGCUUUUUAACUGUCACAUUUAAGACAAUACUUACUGAGCAUGCAACAUCCGUUGUCCAAUAUUCCUUUUUAUCAGUCAAACCAAUUGUUACAAGUUGCCAAGAAAAUAUACAGAGGCAAAGCAACUGUACAGACUUUGCAUGUGGCCUCCAUUUUAGGUUCCCUUCCGGUGUGAUGAUCGUCCCUCGAGUAGGGGCCGUGACAACUUUGCGCUCCAGAUAUCGGAGUCCAGCCGUCAGCGGUCACCGAGCUGGUCAUCAUUUCCCAGAAGAAUGUGUGUUGUAAGGUGCUUUUCGCCAGACAAACUCUUGUACUGUGAAAAGGCAUGGGACCAUCUAGGUACGAUAACAUCGCGCAUAUUUUGGUGCUUCUGUUUGGAUUAAUAAUAUACGGUGUAAGUUUAGACCUCAAAUCAAGACAUGUAUUGGAUCUUUUACAAUUCCUCAAUACGACCGCCAACAGUGGACGGUUCACGGUCGUGGCGAGCAAUGGUGACAACACAUCAGCGAUUCUACUGGAAGAUCCAAGUCGGAACUUAGCUUUACCGAAUACUGUUUUGAGAGAAGCUUUUCAUAUUUUACGUGAGAAUAGUGAAGUAACUUUUUUAGCAACGGUGAAACAGGAAGUUGGAGAUGCUGGAAGUAUCAUAGCAUUUUCUUCAGACGUUAUAAGAUUUUUAGAAAUCGAGAGCAGUGGACGGAGGGAUGAGAUCCGCUUCCAUUACACUCACGACCAACAAACACUUGUCGAAACAUUCCCAUACCGACUUGCCGACAACCAGUGGCAUAAACUCGCACUUUCUUUGUCGGGGACUCAUGUCAAACUAUUUGUGGAUUGCAAUAGAAUAUACGAAAGAGUGAUAAAAACGGUGGACAGGAGUUCUUCGGCAGGGACGCUAAAACUUUAUGUUGGCCAGAGGAACGGUCAACAUGCACUGUUUAGGGGGGCUUUGCAAGAUGUAAAAAUAGUAACACAGGCACACGGUUAUCUGUUACAGUGCCCACAACAAGAUACUGCUUGUCCUACAUGUGCGCAGUAUCAAGCACUUGAACAACAAGUCAAAAAUAUGUAUUCCUUGUACCAAAAUCUAUCCCUGAAGCUUCUGCGAGCAGAAGAGAAAAUCUUUGGUUUGGAACAGUGUGAGUGCCUAAAGAGCUGUUCCCAGAAUGGAACGUUACGAAAGGAGGGAGAGGUGUGGCAGCUAGACCAAUGUACAGUGUGCCGGUGCGCGAACGGAACUGUUGAAUGUCAGAAGGUGGAUUGUCCGCCCGUCCGAUGUGAGAAUCCUAUCUACCGAGACGGAGAGUGCUGCCCUAUUUGUCUCACCAACUGUUUCUACAGCGGGAAAUAUUACGAUCAUGGCCAAUCUAUCAACCCGCGUAUGUGUGUCACUUGUACAUGUGAUGACGGACGGAUGGCAUGCACUAAAGUGGACCCCGAGACAAACUGUGAAGUUUUAAACUGCCCCGUUGAAAAACAACUGCAUAUCAAAGAUGAGUGCUGCCCUGUAUGUGAAGGAACUGAUUUCUGCUCCAAGGGACACGAAUGUCAUGAAAACGCCGUGUGUGUUAAUAUGGCCACCCGUUAUGGCUGUCAAUGUAAAAUUGGUUUUACUGGUGACGGACAUCAUUGCGAAGAUAUUGAUGAAUGUCAAGUCAAAGGUGGAAAGCGUGGCCAUCAUUGUAAUGGGAACACAAAAUGCAUCAAUACGAUUGGAUCGUACACGUGUAAAUGCCCGUCAGGCGAAACCCCAGCAGACCCCUACAAGUGUGAAGAGCAGGACGAAUGCAGCUCUGGAACACACUCAUGUGACACCAACGCAGACUGUGUCGACACAUCCGGGAGCUACACCUGCCAUUGUCGCCAUGGAUACACUGGUGACGGAUACACGUGCAGUCCUGUAUGUGAUGGUAGCUGCCUCAAUGGCGGGGCGUGUAUAGCACCAAGCGUCUGUGAGUGUCGCCAUGGAUAUAUCGGCAUGAACUGCGAGCUUGAUAUAGACGAAUGCGCUAUCGAGAUUUCGGCGUGUAGCAAGAAUAGUAUUUGUGUGGACACUCCCGGCUGGUACCACUGUGACUGUAUAGAGGGAUUCCACAGCAGUUGGCCAGACAACCGCUAUGGCAGCCUGUGUAUGGAUAUAAAUGAGUGUGCAGGGGAGGGUAAUGGGCACACCUGUCACCCCAGUACCAAGUGCCACAAUCUGGAGGGCAGCUACGAAUGUCGCUGUCAACCUGGGAUGCCCUGUAUUAAACAAUGUCGCGAUAAAGACAGUUACCAUGACGAUGGCAGUAUUUGGACGCCUUCUAAUGACAAAUGCAUGGAAUGCACAUGCAAGGUAGGGAUAACGACGUGUCACAAGCGUGAGUGUGACUGCUCUAACCCACAUACCGACUACGAAUGCUGCCUUCACUGUGACAAGACAUCUCAGUGUAGACAUCAAGAGGUGCCUCUCAUGUUCGACAACGGCGAGAGGUGGAUCUACCAGUGCCAGACCUGCGAGUGUCUCGAGGGCGAAAUUGAUUGCUGGCCGCUUCAGUGUCCGAAGAUAACGUGUCACACGACCGUUUUAGAGCCUGGCGACUGUUGUCCCCGCUGUGUUGAGGAUAACCCUUGUGCUAGCCAGGCCUACGUCACAGGAGGAGCCGACAACUCUGCUACUACUUGUCUGUACAAAGGGCAUGCGUACACCCAUGGUGACACCUGGGCACUCGGAGCGAAGCCAUGUAGCACGUGUGAAUGCAGGGUCGGCCAUAUCUGCUGUUUAUAUAAUCAGAACUGUACGGCCAUACCUGAUUGAGGAAACAUGGAUUUCUAUGUCAUACAUGUAUUAAUGUCUGAUUAGCAUUAAUCUUCAGAGCUCAACACAAACACCGUCAGUGAGUUCGCCAUGUGUAUUCGGGUCUCCCGCCCGGAUGUAGAGCACGUGUGUACUACAUGUUACAUAACAUAUAAAUCAACAUACGGAGUAAGGGAGGUAACUCCAAGAUACAGAUGCAAUACAUAUUUAGACGCUUAUUGCCUUAUUUACAUGAAAGUCUUUUUAUUUACAUGAACCGUUUACACAUUGUAGUAUACACAUUUAUAUAACAACAUUACAUCCAGCAGUGGUUGGUUUCUCAGUUUCUAAUAUAGCAAUAUUUACAUCAUUUUAUUACACUUACCGAGUCGUUUCUGGAAACAAAAAGGAAUGUUAACAUUUGAAAAAUAAAUCCUCUAUCUCCACUUACAAUAGUAACCAUGUUAAUAUUUUU